UCUCUGUUUUGACGAAAUUUUUUGUAGUAUAUAUACAAAGUCACUUUUCCAUUUUCGAAUAUUUUAUGUAUUUUUGAUUAUGUGAAUUAAGGGCAGAUACACAACCUUUUUCAGUAGACAUUCUUGGUAUUUGGAUAUCUUUUUAUGUUCCUGAUUCAUCUCUUUUUCCAGUCUCACGUUCUUCAUUUCUAUCUCAUUUCUAUUAUUUUUGCACUUCAUCCACAAAAAUAACCUUGCUUCUUUCCCUUCUGAAAGUUUCUUCUACUUCUAGAAUCCUGUUUCUGAUGUUGGAUAUUAAAGGCUCCCCCAAGGCUGUGUGAAAUGGAAGGAUCACAGAGGGACUGAUGGAAACCUGGAGUCUAGAUCUGUCUAUGAAAGUACCGAAAUCCCACCUUAUGUGAUGAAGUGUCCAAGCAAUGGUUUGUGCAGCAGACUUCCUGCGGACUGUGUAGACUGCGCAACAAAUUUCUCCUGUGUCUAUGGGAAGCCUGUCACUUUUGACUGUACAGUGAAACCGUCUGUUACCUGUGUUGAUCAAGACUUCAAAUCCCAGAGGAACUUCAUCAUUAACAUGACUUGCAGAUUUUGCUGGCAGCUUCCUGAAACAGAUUAUGAGUGUUCCAAUUCCACCAGCUGCAUGACGGUUUCCUGUCCUCGGCAGCGUUAUCUUGCCAACUGCACAGUGUGGGACCACAUCCAUUGCUUGGGUAAUCGUACAUUCCCCAAAAUGCUAUAUUGCAACUGGACUGGAGGCUACAAGUGGUCUACUGCUCUGGCUCUAAGCAUCACCCUCGGUGGGUUCGGAGCAGACCGUUUCUACCUGGGCCAGUGGCGAGAAGGUCUCGGCAAGCUCUUCAGUUUUGGUGGCCUGGGAAUAUGGACACUAAUAGACGUCCUGCUAAUUGGAGUUGGCUACGUUGGACCAGCAGAUGGCUCUUUGUACAUUUAGCUGUGGUAUGUGCUUCAGAAAGGAGCAGUGCUUAGUCCUUUUGCCUAUAGGAAUUGGUGUAGUGUGAGUGAUGUAUUUGUAUGUUUUUAAUGUACAGCAUCUGUACUUUGCUUGCCUUGAUGAAGGUAAAAUAAAGAAAUGAAACACUGAACUAUGCUAAUCUGGAAUUUGUUUUCUCUGCCUGAA